AUGCAUAGAAGUGGCAGCCAGGAUCUUGGGAUUCUAAAUGAUAAUCAAUAUCUUGAAGAGAGUGGUGCCGAUUUGAGGAACUACCGCGAUCAGCUCCAAAAAGACAGAAAUUCGAGAACUUUAAUGAUGCGUGCAUCAAAACAUCCAUCUAUAGGUAAAUUACGCCUUGGAAAAUGUUCUUCACCAUCUUUAGGUCCUCCUUCCCUCUUAACUGCAGAACAGGAAGAAAAAUUUUUACCUGAACACAUUCAACAAGUAUUAGAAAGCCACGAUGAUACAGAAAUUCAGAAUCUUAUUAACUCAAUUAAUGCAGAAAUUAGCGAGAAGCCACGUGUUGUUCUUAUUGUUACUAGAAACAGUAUAAUUUUUGAGCCAUUAGUUGAAGCUUUAGACGCCGGGCUCAACGAAAACACAAUAAUAUCCCUUUUCAGUUUUAUCUCACUCCUUUUCAUCAACGCAAAAACAACAAUCAACGAAUUGGUCGAUAGUGAUCUUUGUGUCCCACUACUUAAUUUUCUUUCCUCCGAUUCACAAACUCUUGUAUCCGCCUCGUUUGAACUCAUCGUAACCAUUUCAGAAAAUUCUAGUUAUGGUAGAGAUGCAAUGCUGAGUUUCGGCAUUCACACGAUCCUUAUGGAUUAUGCGAAGAACAGUACAGAUAAUUCCAUGAUAGAAUCAUGUUGCCACGCUUUAAAUACGAUAUUUAUGAACCAAGAUCCAAUAGAAGGAUCAACUUUGCUUGAGACGGUUGGUCCUUUAACAGAAUUGCUAAAUAUCGAAUCUACUCAAGCUCUUCAGUCGAUUAUUGAUACAUUCGUUGAAAUUACUAACAAAUUACCUUCAAUUAUUACAACAUUAUACGAUUUACAGCUCUAUCCUCUUAUAGUUAGUUUUUUAGACAACGAAGAACUUGCAGGAUCAACGCUCCCCUUGAUAGGUAACAUGUGCGUUGCUCAUCCACCGCAAAUUCGAACAAUGCUUGAGUUGAAUAUCUACGAUAAACUGAUGUCAUUCAUCAAUACCCAGUACACAACGCAAGUAUUUUGGAUACUCUCCAAUAUGCUCGAGUCAGCUCCAAGCUUAGUUUUACCUACAAUCCCAUCAGAUUUUAUUUCUCAAGUUAUAACAGCAAUACCAACAGGAAUCUACGAAGUAAAGAAAGAGGCAGCAUACUUGAUUUCAACGCUUAUUACGUUUUCGGAUUUAAACGACAUGCCGAAGUUUAUGAACGAUGAUAUUACAGAUAUACUAGUAGAAAUGAUCGGAUGCGGCGUUGUAUUAAUUGCUCUUCGUUGCAUCGAUACUUUCUUACGUUUUAUUCAAUAUAUUAAUUUACAUAACGAAUACUCAGAGUAUUUGGUCACUCUGAGCGAAACAGAUAUACGAGACAGAUUAGAGGAACUCAGUGGACCGGCAAUUUUGCUGGAACAUUCUGAAUAUUUGAUGAACCAAAUUUUAAGAGUCGAAAAUUAG